CAGAAAACCUGUAAACUAGGGUUUUGCGGAACAUUCGUGUCGAUAGAGCUAGGGAAGAAAAGGGUCUGCUGCUGGCCAAAACCAGAAGUGCUUAAUAGCAGAGCCCUAGAACCAUUUCUUAUGGCUCAACCAGAAGACAAGCUUCAGGCCUCCCUUGAGGAAGGGAAGAAGAGGAAGAGGAAAAGGAACAGACCACGGAAAUCUGCAACUGAGGAGCAAUUGGAACUUCAAGAGUCAAACCAGCAUGGGGAGGAAGAAGGCGAUGAAGCCAGAGACAAUGAUGUGGAUAAGGAGUCUGCUGGGUUGCGUAAGAAAAAGAAGGAUAAAAAGGUGAAGCGCGGUGAAGGAGUGACUAGAGAGGAAGCGGGCGGCGGUGAGAAUGAGGAGGAGGAGGGCCAACAAAGGAAGUUAAAGAAUGUUGGGUCUGGAAUUAUGAGCACUGUAUCGUUUGAUUCUCUAGGAUUGUCUGAACCUACUUUUAAGGCCAUUAAGGAUAUGGGGUUCGAGCAUACGACUCAGAUUCAAGCGAGAGCAAUUCCGCCACUCUUGAUUGGGAAAGAUGUUCUUGGUGCUGCGAGGACGGGUUCUGGGAAAACUCUUGCUUUUCUAAUACCAGCUGUGGAGCUGUUGUACCAUGCUCAAUUCACUCCGCGAAAUGGAACUGGUGUUGUUGUCAUAUGCCCGACUCGGGAGCUUGCGAUACAGACGCAUGCUGUAGCGAAAGAACUUCUCAAGUAUCACUCCCAGACUCUUGCGUUGGUUAUUGGAGGUUCAGCUAGAAAAGGAGAAGCUGAACGAAUUGUCAAAGGGGUUAAUCUACUGGUGGCAACCCCUGGUCGUCUUCUUGACCAUCUUCAAAAUACGAAGGGAUUCAUAUACAAGAACUUGAAGUGCCUCAUGAUUGAUGAAGCUGACAGGAUAUUGGAAGCAAACUUUGAGGAGGAAAUGAAGCAGAUUAUUAAAAUCUUACCAAAGAAUAGGCAAACAGCUUUGUUUUCAGCCACCCAAACAAAGAAGGUUGAGGAUCUUGCCCGCUUGUCAUUUCAGACAACUCCUAUCUAUGUUGAUGUAGAUGAUGGGAGAACCAAGGUCACAAAUGAAGGGUUGCAGCAGGGCUAUGUUCUUGUUCCCUGUGCCAAGCGUUUUGUUGUUCUCUACUCUUUCUUGAAGAGAUAUCACGCAAAAAAAAAGAUGAUGGUCUUUUUCUCUUCAUGCAACUCUGUGAAAUUUCAUGCGGACCUUCUUAAUUACAUACAGAUUGAUUGCUACAAUAUACAUGGAAAACAAAAGCAGCAGACACGUACUACUACCUUCUUUAACUUCUGCAAAGCAGAAAAGGGAAUUUUGCUCUGUACUGAUGUUGCUGCUCGUGGACUUGAUAUACCUGACGUGGACUGGAUUGUGCAGUAUGAUCCUCCUGAUGAGCCUAAGGAAUAUAUCCACAGGGUUGGCCGAACAGCUCGUGGGGAAGGUGGCAAAGGAAAUGCUUUGCUUUUCCUGAUUCCUGAAGAGUUGCAAUUUCUUCGCUAUCUAAAGGCAGCAAAGGUUCCUGUUAAAGAAUAUUUAUUUGAUGAAAAGAAGCUGGCAAAUGUACAGUCUCAUCUGGAAAAGUUGGUGGGUAACAAUUAUUAUUUGAACAAGGCAGCUAAAGAUGCUUAUCGAUCAUAUAUUCUAGCAUAUAAUUCACACUCUAUGAAGGACAUAUUUAAUGUUCAUCGCCUUGAUUUACAGGCUGUGGCGGCUUCAUUCUGUUUUUCUAAUCCACCAAAGGUGAGUUUAGGCAUAGACAGCAAUGCUUCAAAGCAUAGGAAGAAAAUGCGUAAGAUUGAAGGAAGCCGACAUGGAUUCAGCGACAGCAAUCCUUAUGGUAACAAAAUUGCUGCAGAUGAUGGCCGCCAGUUCGUUAGACAUUAGCCGCAUUCAUGUCUUCAUGCCUUCUACACAGUUUUGGUAGAUCCUGUAAUUUAGUUAGAUUGAAUGUUGCUUGGUCACAGAAUCUCCACAACUCGGGAUACAUUUCCGCAUCAUAUAAGUCGUUUGUUUAUUUUCAAUCCACCUUUUUCCCCGUCCCAUGCUUAUCAUGAAUUGAUGUUGAUUUAUUAAAAUUGACACUUCGGAUUUCCUCGUUCGCG